CGUCAGUAAACCUUUGUAAAUCGUAUCGAACAGUGCGAGGAAUUUCUUCUCUUUCUUCUAUCGUUCGAACUUCAGUUGUGUUUUGUGAUUUGAGGUGUAUUCGAAGUGCAAAGUGAAUCAGAUUUGUGAGGGAAUUGUCAGUGCGAAUACAUACAUAUAAUAUCGAUAGUUCCACUUUGUCCUGUGAAUAAGGUAGAGCGAACCGGCCGAUAAAAUGUGCGAGAACGAUAAGUCAGUCAAGUGCGAGAACGCAGAGGAAGAGGACGACGACAUGUUCGAACAAGAUUUUCUCGAGGAUGCUCAGUGGAAACGAACGCAGCAGAACACGUUUACGAGAUGGGCGAACGAGAAGUUGAAAACGGUGAACAGACACAUCGAUGACCUGGAAUGCGAUUUAUCCGACGGUCUCCAUCUGAUUGGUUUGAUCGAGGUGCUCGCGCAGAAAAAGCUUCCAAAGCACAGUCAAAGGCCCAUCUUUAGAUCACAGAAAUUGGAAAAUGUGUCUGUGGCGUUGAAGUUCUUGGACGACGAGGGAAUAAGAAUCGUUAACAUCGAUUCAUCGGAUAUAGUAGAUUGCAAACUGAAACUAAUACUUGGACUGAUAUGGACCUUGAUUCUUCACUACUCGAUCUCGAUGCCCAUGUGGGAAGGAGAGGACAGCGAUGGCACGGCGAAAUCGGAAACUCCAAAACAGAGAUUAAUUCGUUGGAUCCACUCCAAAGUUCCCGAGUUACCAAUUACCAAUUUUACCACCGAUUGGAACGAUGGCCGCGCUGUUGGCGCUUUGGUGGAUGCUGUUGCGACAGGUCUUUGUCCAGACUGGAAGGACUGGAACAAAAAUGACGCGAUUCAAAAUGCAUCAGAGGCGAUGCAAUUAGCCGAUGAUUGGCUAAACGUACCUCAGCUCAUCAAGCCAGAAGAAAUGGUUAAUCCAAAUAUAGACGAAAUGUCAAUGAUGACGUAUCUGUCUCAAUACCCUAGCGCGAAACUAAAACCUGGAGCACCCCUUCGACCACGUACCAAUCGGAACAGAGUGCGUGCUUAUGGUCCUGGAAUCGAGUCAAAUGGGCCAGUCAUUGGAGUACCAGCUAAUUUUACCGUAGAAACAUUUUCUGCCGGUAAAGGAGAUGUCGAUGUUAUCGUGGAAGAUCCUGAUGGAAAUACAGUACCGGUUGACGUUAAGUUCAACAAAGACAAGAAUCUCACCUAUUCCAUCUCAUAUACUCCAAAGAAAGAAGGACCACACAAGGUAAAGGUGCUGUUCGCUGAUAGAGAAAUUCCUAAGAGCCCAUAUAGGGUCAACGUAGAGGCACAAGCAGGUGAUCCUGGUAAAGUUACAGCAAGUGGACCAGGAUUACAACAAGAAGGAGUUAAAGUUAACAAACCCACUUUCUUUGAUAUAUUCGCAAAGGAUGCUGGACGUGGUGUACCAGAGGUUAUCAUCCUUGAGUCACAGGAUGUCGACUCAAUGAUACCUGUGAAGUUAGUUCAAACCUUAUUUAAUACCUGGAGAUGCGAAUACACCCCUACAAAAGCGGGUUUACACACAAUAAAUGUCUUCUUUGCCGGCAAGUUAAUACCAGGAAGUCCCUUCAGCGUUAACGUGGGCUCGGUAUCAGAUACUAAGAAAUGUAAAGCCUAUGGACGAGGACUGGUACCCAAUGGAGUACGUGUCCAAGACGAUGCAGAGUUCUUUAUCGUCACGAAAGAUGCCGGCGAAGAAGUACCUGGAGUCAAAGUCAUUGGUCCAGGAGGAGUCAGUCAACCUGUACAAAUAACCAAAGUUGACCCGAAAACAUACAAGUGCAAUUAUACACCAACUAAAGAGGGGCGCCAUGUGGUAAUGAUAACAUAUGGUGGGAAAAAUAUUGACAAGUCACCUUUUGAAGUGAAUGUUGGCCCUUAUAUAGAAUUGGCAAUCAGGGCCUUUGGUGCUGGUCUUCAUGGUGGUAUCGUUGAUCAGACAGCAAAGUUCAUUAUUGACACAAAACGGGAAACUUCUGGUCUUGGAUUUGCUAUCGAAGGUCCUUCCAAGGCCAAAAUCUUCUGUCAUGAUAAUGGCGAUGGAACUGCCGUUAUAUCUUAUUUACCAACUGCACCAGGUCGAUACGCAGUUCAUAUACGAUGCAAUAAUGAGGAUAUUCCUAAAUCACCAUAUAUCGCAAAUAUUUUACCAAAAGCUGAUUUUGAUGUUGACAAGGUUGAAGUAUAUGGACCAGGAGUACAAGCAGAAUCUCUACCCAGUGGAAAACAAACGAAUUUUACAGUAGAUGUAAGCAAAGCUGGCCAGGCACCAUUGGAAGUCAUUGUACAAGAUGCUCAUGGAAGAGAUGUUCCAGUUCGACUUGAUGACAAUCACGAUGGUACCGUGCAAUGUCGCUAUACUCCUACAACUGGAUCAAACCAUAUUAUAAUGGUGAUUUAUGGUGGUGUAGACACAAAACACUCUCCCUAUAGAGUGAAAGUAGAAGCACCUUUGAAUCCUGCUAUGAUAUCAGCAUUUGGACCUGGACUCGAAAAAGGAGUCAAGUCAAAUACACCAACGCAUUUUAACGUGGAUUGUCGUGAAGCUGGCCCAGGUGAACUCCGUGCAACCAUAUUAAAUUCAAAAGGAAGGGAAAUUCCUUUAUCACUUACGGACAACCACGAUGGUACAUACACAGUUGCGUAUAUUGUACCUGAACCAGGAUAUUACCAAAUUCAUUUUACUUACGGAGGGCUGAAAGUACCACAGUGUCCACUCACUGUACACGUUCAACCUCAUGUCGAUGUGUCCAAGUUUAAAGUCGAUGGUCUUGCACGAACGGCUCCAGUGAACAGCUUGCAGCAAUUUCGUGUGAUAACGCAAGAUGCGGGGAAAGCAGCAGACUUGCAGGUGUCGAUAACCGCUCCUUCAGGGAACCGUGUGAAGGCUCACGUGGUACCAACUCACGACGGUUACUUGGUUAACUUUACACCGACAGAGCUCGGCGAAUAUCUCUUGGGAAUUAGCUUCGGCGGAGAACCGAUAUCCAAUCAGCCUUAUCGACUGACUUCUGUUCAUGGCUCUGACCCGGGAAAGGUUCGAGCUUCUGGGCCAGGUUUGUCACAUGGCAUAGUGAACAAACCAGCUGAAUUUGUUAUUGACACUCGUGGAGCUGGACAAGGUAGCCUCGGUGUUACCGUGGAAGGCCCCUGUGAGGCUGCUAUUAAUUGUCGAGACAAUGGCGAUGGAACGUGCUCCGUUGCUUAUAUGCCGACAGAAAUUGGCGAUUAUGGUAUCAAUAUUACAUUCAACGAGGAACAUAUUCCUGGCUCACCCUUUCAGGCUAUCGUGGUAAAAGACACCGAUCUGUCGAAGAUAAAGGUCACUGGAAACGGCAUUCAACCAAACGGUCCAUGCGUAAAUCGUGAAACGGAGUUCACAGUGGACGCGCGAGCAGUCGCGAAGACAGAGAACGAUAACGACGAAGUUUCCUGCACGAUUAACGAUCCCAGUGGCGGUAAAAUCGAGAAGAUCGUUGCGCCACAAAGAGACGGAACGUAUCGUGUCAGUUACAUGCCGUUCGAGGAAGGACCCCAUACCAUAGACAUACGUUAUGGCAACGUGCCAAUUCCUGGUUCUCCGUUCUCGGUUAACGUCCAAUACUACAGCGACCCUAGCAAGUGUAAAGCAUACGGACCAGGUUUGGAAGAGGGAUACGUGAAUAAGUUUAACUCAUUCAUCGUAGAGACGAAAGAUGCUGGGAACGGCGGUCUAGCUCUGUUGAUGGAAGGGCCUGGUUACGCAGAAGUAACUUGCAAAGAACGUGACGACGGAUCGUGCACUGUGCAAUAUCUUCCACCAAAGCCUGGUGACUACGAGAUAUCCAUCAAAUUCGCAGAGCAACACAUUCCUGGAUCUCCCUUCCAAGUCCGAGUUGUAAACGAAGCAAGCAACGUGACUACGUAUGGUGACGGCCUAACAACCGCAAGAGAGAAUCUACCAUCGAAAUUCAUAGUAAUUGCCUCGAAAUGCAAGCCAGCUCAGUUGGAUAUCUCGUUGAAGACCGACAAAGGACAAGUUCAGAAGCCAUCGAUUAAAAACUGUGGGAAUGGAUUGUACGAAGUUAUCUAUCAACCACCACCUGCUGGAAGCAAUCUGCAAAUUGGUAUCACUUAUGACGGAGAACAUAUACCAGGCAGUCCUGUGAAAUUGAAGGUUUUGCCGACUGUCGAACCAGAAAAAGUUGUUCUCUCGGGUCCUGGCGUGGCACCUGUUUGUACAGCAUCUUUCCCAGUCGAUUUUAUCGUGGAUACCUCUAAAGCUGGCUAUGGUGACCUCGAAGUUCAAGUAUUGGGUCCAGAUCAAAUGCCGCGUAGGGUUGAAAUUCAGGACCUUAAAGGUGGAAAAUAUAAAGCAACCUAUCUACCUGAUGACUGUGGUCGUUACAAGGUCAAUGUCAAAUAUGGGGAUAAGGAGGUACCAGGAUGUCCUGUGAAUGUUCAAAGCGUUUCCACUGGUAAAGCUGAUCAAUGUAAAAUCAAAGAGGGUAUUCAACGCACCUUGGCCCAAGGUGAAGAGUACUGCAUCACCGUGGACACCGAAAACGCGGGUCGUGGAGCGGUGACCUGUCGUAUACGAUCUACUUCCGGAAG